AAAUUCCACCGUGACCUGCCCCCAACGCCAGUGUUUGCCUACGGCGAAUCCAAGGAAGCCGCAACAGUACCUGGUCCCACAAUAGAGGCCUUACAUGGGAUUGAAACGCGAGUAAUGUGGCGAAAUCACCUCCCUUCAAAGCACAUUCUCCCGUGGGACCCAACCAUCCCGACUGCCCAACCCUCCACCAAGAGAGGCAUCCCGACGGUGGUCCACCUCCACGGCGGCAUCGACGAGCCCGCCAGCGACGGCAACUCCAACUCUUGGUUCACCAAAGCAUUUCGAGAAGUGGGCCCAACUUGGGCCCAAAAAACGUAUCGCUACCGCAACCUCCAGCAUCCGGGGAAUCUCUGGUACCACGACCAUGCCAUGGGCCUGACUCGAGUCAACCUCUUGGCGGGCCUCAUCGGGGCCUAUGUCAUCCGUGACCGGAAAGUGGAGGCCCACCUCAGACUUCCCACUGGCGACGAGUUUGACCGUACACUGGUCGUCUUUGACCGUAGCUUUCGUACAGACGGUUCAAUUUUCAUGAACUCCACCGGGAAUAAUCCUUCUAUCCAUCCACAGUGGCAGCCCGAGUACUUCGGCGACGCCAUAAUUGUGAAUGGAAAAGCUUGGCCUAAGAUGACAGUACGACGUCGUAAAUACAGAUUCAGAAUCAUCAACGCCAGCAAUGCGAGAUUCUUUAGAUUCUUCUUCACCAACGGUCUCAGAUUUAUCCAUGUUGGAUCCGAUUCGGCAUACAUUGAAAAACCAGUGCGUAGUAAAGACACUUUGUUGGGGCCAUCUGAGAUCACAGAUGUCAUUGUUGACUUUUCAGAGUCAAAGAGUAAGAGUGUUAUUCUAGCCAAUGAUGCACCGUAUCCUUACCCGUCUGGGGAUCCUGUAAAUGAGGCUAAUAGUAAGGUCAUAAGGUUUGAUAUCCUUAACCAUCCGGAGAUUGACACGUGGAGAAUUCCUAAGAGGUUGAUCCGUUAUCCGAAGGCGGAUCUAUCAGGUGUGACGCGCACACGGUACAUAGCUAUGUAUGAGUACACGAGCAACAUCGAUGAGCCGACUCAUCUUUAUCUAAAUGGGAAGCCAUAUGAGUCGGCUGCGACAGAAACGCCGAAGGUGGGGACCACAGAGGUGUGGGAGGUGAUCAAUCUAACGGAGGACAAUCAUCCGCUGCACAUACACUUGGGGUUGUUUGUGGCGUUGGAACAAAAAGAGCUACUCAACGUGGAGGAGUUCAAGGGUUGUAUGACUAGAUUCAAUGACGCAAUCAGGUGCCACAUAGGCAAGUAUGCACGUGGCAAGAGUGUGAAUGUGCCGAUCCAUGAGAGAGGGUGGAAAAACGUGUUCAAGAUGAGACCUGGUUUCGUGACGAAAAUUCUCGUGAGAUUUGCUUACAUACACUCACAUGCAUCAUACCCGUUCGAUGCGACCGCAGAGCCUGGUUACGUGUACCAUUGCCAUAUAUUGGAUCAUGAAGACAAUGCGAUGAUGAGACCCUUGAAAAUCGUCAGUUGAGAAGGCUAGAGAAGACUAUACGGACACA